GCCGUGGUGGGGCUGCAAGGGCGCCGCCGCGGGAGAAGGCAUCGAGGAUGCCGUGAUGCACUGCCUGGGAGGCGGCACUGCCCGAAACCGUGGUGCACCGGCAGAAGGACCCAACGGAUCGGAAUGCGACGGCGGUGGUGGACAGGGCGAUUCAUGGCGGGCAAGGUGGCCCGGAAGGGCGGCGGGUGGGGCGACCACGGUCGCGGAGGCCUACAACGCCCGGCCGCACCAGGCAGUGACGGUAGCCCCGGAGGAGCCGUCAGCGGCGACUCGAGGAAGCGGGGGCGUUCCGGGCCCCCACCUAUAUGCGGCGCGGAGCUUCCAGCCCCAGUACGGGGCGGUGCGGGGCGUGGAGUCCUACGAUUCCAUGGUGGUUCGGGCCACGGACGGCUCCGAGACUUUGCUGAAGGAUGCUCGUGUUUUUGCUCUGGAUCGUCUUUUGCUCUGGCUCCGAAAUUAUGGCGGCGCGGUGGGUCCGGGAUUGCAGUCUCGGAGCUGCCUGACCGCCACGCCUCGUCAGCCUGAGGAUGCUCGUUUUUUGCUCUGGAUGCUCGUUUUUCGCUCUGGUCAGACGGGCAAGAAAGUAUCGUGGUCGCCCUCCACUUCAACAUGUUUAGCUGGCAAGAUGGCUGUCCUAUGCUUGAUGCUCUUCGUUCUCAGGGCAUGGCCGCAAAGCGGCGUCGUGGACAUUCUCUCCACCAGGACUCGACAGGUCUUCGUAGCUCCAAGCUGCGUGUUCUGUAGCCAGGUGGUGCAUCCAGCUAUGAACCGUCGGUGCCUUGGCCCCUGUCACUGCGAAGGAAAAACGAAGCUGCAGGCGACCAGUGGAACAUCAGAUUGGAUGGCUGUUGAUGACAUCCAACAUACAUACGCCGCGAAAGACUUCGAACGGCAGGUGAUCGCACGUCUUGCCACCCAACCCGGUCAAAACAUAGAACGUCUCACCUCCUAUACAAUUUCUGGUCCAGACGUGGGGGCACAGACUGCCCUACAGAAGAGAUUUUCAACCAAUUGGAAAGCUCCCUCUCCGCUUCAUUGGAAAAACAAGCCCACGAAAGGCACCCCUCCAAACCCGAUGGUAGUGGAAUGUGACCUCUACCUCCGGGGCACAGGCCUCAAGCCUGUCGAUGUGUUUAAAGAGUGUGCCCAAAGGCACGUGCAAUUAGCAGGAAAGACGCCAUGGAAGGACAUCGAAACAAAUGCUAGUUUCCCGAUCAUCUUGGCUGAAGUUGCCGAGACGCCUGCCAGCUUGCAAGCGAGGCUAUGGCAGCUAGAGCGUGCUUUGAGAUUUGGACCAGGCCUGCAACAGCCUGUCUGCUGUGUAGUUUGCUUGAACGCAGACACCCCAAGUUUCAACCUGGCUACCACGGCUGCAAGAGACAGCCUAAAAAGACUUAACACUACAUUCAAGAUUGCACAGUGUGAUGUGUUUGCAAUUUGGACAGAGUAUCGGAAUGUGUAUGCUGAGAUUCGAAGUGCAAAGGAGGAGAUUCGAAGUGUAAAGGCGGCUGUACAUGCUGAGAUGCAAGGU